AUGUCUUUCAAUUCAUCUACGUCGCGUUCACACGCCAAGUCAACUGUAAAUAAACUCUUAGCAAAUUUUCUCCCUGGAUCUGUAAUCGCCGAGCAACAAUCGAAGAAAGUUUCAUCUGCCGAAACCGUAUCGAAAGAGAUUUCCAAGAAGGCGAACCCCGAUGAGAUAAGACGUAUAGCACUUAAACAGAAGAAAAUACAGAAGAAAAAGAUACUAAAGUCGACCCAAGAAUCUAAAAAGUUCCAAAAGUUGGCCAAAUAUAAAUUAAUCAAGGCACAUAAGGAGGAUGGCUCAAUAACUCCAGAAGAAUCCAAGUAUUUGAAUAAGCUUGUAAAAAAGAACAUCUCCGCCAUAAAUUCACUCAGUGAAAUAGAUGAUGACGAUUUGAAACAAGAACUUGCACAAGUUAAAAGAGAUAUCUUGGAAACCACAGCUCCUAAGAAGAAGUCCAAGAAGUCGUUAUCUAAACAGAAGGAAUUCAAUGCCAAGAUCAAAAAGGGAUUCAUUUCGUACCCUGGAUUGACACCUGGUUUAGCUCCAGUGGAUUAUAAUGAUUCCGAUUCCGAAUAG